AUGCUCGGCUGGUAUCAGGCAAGACUCGCGGCUCGCCCGCUGCUCACCCAGAGCAUCACCACUGCCAUCCUCUUUGCGACCGGUGACAUCACCGCCCAGCAGCUUGUUGAUAAGCGCGGCCUCGAAAAGCACGAAUGGGCCCGCACAGGCCGCAUGGCCCUCUACGGCGGUGGUAAGCUCCACCUCACCUUACCUGCACUCAGACAACUCACACGCGACGACGCCUUCAUGGCCGACACUGACCAAUUCUCUCCAGUCAUCUUCGGCCCCGUCGCCACAACCUGGUUUAAGUUCCUGCAGAAUAACGUUGUCCUCAAGAACAAGAACGCCGAGAUGCUCGCCCGCGUCGCCGUUGACCAGGGUGUCUUUGCCCCUGUCAUGAUCAGCGUCUUCCUCUCCUCCAUGGCUACGCUCGAGGGCGGCUCGAUCAAGGAGAAGCUCGACAAGAACUACAAGACGGCACUCACGUCCAACUACAUGCUCUGGCCGUUCGUCCAGGUGGUCAACUUCAAGUUUGUGCCGCUUCACCACCGUGUGCUCUUCGUGAACGUCAUCAGCAUCGGCUGGAACUCGUACCUCAGUUUCUUGAACAGCCAGUAG